AAGAAGUUCAGAAGAAAGUACAUGAAGAAGCUUUCAUGGACGACAUGCCUAGUUUUGACUUGCAUCUCAGUCUAAGUCAGAAGUUCGAUGAAAAAAUCAUGGAAAAGGGAGACAGUGAGGUGGAAAAGGGAGACAGUGAGGAUGGUGAAAAGGAAGGUUUAUAUGGUGAGGAUGCACACCUAAAGCGCUCACAAGAUGAGAAUGAAGUAGCAAGUGAUGAAGCAGACCCUAUAGGCGCUCAAAAAGACAACAUUAUACUCAGUGAAGAAGUGGUACUCACUCCAGCUCAUGCAAGCAUUAACACACAGGAGUUGCAAAUGCAUGUAGACAAUGCCAUUGAUAGUGUGAUUAAGGACUUGAAGAAAACUGAGAAGGAAAUAGAAGAAGAGGAAAACAUUGAAAUGAAGUCUGACAGUGUUCAUUCAGAAGAAGAAUGGGCUAUACCACAGGCUGGAGAAAGUGUUCAAAGUCUAGGGAAGGAAAAGGAGAUUAGAAGGACAAAAAGGAUUGCUAAGAGCCUCAACAGAUACACACCUAAUCCCACAACAGAAAUGAAGAAAAGGAAAGUGCAAA